AGAGGGUACUUAUUAGGGGAGUGUGCAGCUCUUUGGUUGGACACUUGUGGGAAACAAAGAUCCUUUUCUUUUUGUUGUUCUUCUUUAAUCAAACUCACUGUAAUCAACGGGCCCUCAACAUGCCGACUGAAGCCCAGACCGAUGCCCGCUCCUUCCUGAGCGAGGACAUGAUCACUGAGUUUAAAGCUGCCUUCGAUAUGUUUGAUACUGAUGGAGGCGGUGACAUCAGCACCAAGGAGUUGGGAACCGUGAUGAGGAUGUUGGGUCAGAAUCCAAGCAGAGAGGAGCUGGAUGCCAUCAUUGAGGAGGUUGAUGAAGAUGGCAGUGGCACCAUUGACUUCGAGGAGUUCUUGGUGAUGAUGGUGCAACAGAUGAAGGAAGAUCAGGCAGGCAAGAGCGAGGAAGAGCUGUCUGAAUGCUUCCGUAUCUUUGACAAGAAUGGAGAUGGUUUCAUUGACCGUGAGGAGUUUACUGACAUCCUACGUUCCACUGGAGAGCCAAUAACAGAGGAGGAGAUAGAAGAGCUCAUGAUAGAUGGUGACACAAACAAAGAUGGCAAAAUUGACUUUGAUGAGUUUUUGAAAAUGAUGGAGAACAUUCAGUAAAGAUUCCACAUUCCACCCUUUCAUCUUUGACCUCCAAUCAUAAUUCAACAAACUUCAUGAAACAACCUGGCAAAAAGUCAUAGAAGAACGCUUGUCUCAUGGACAAUGUGGAAUGGAUGGGAGAACACAGUGGCAAUGUCCUUCUGGAACUUUCUCUUUGGGACAUUGGAAAUGGCUAUAAAUAACUAUCAAACCCUUUAUGUGGAAUUCACUGUCACCUCACCCACCCCCACCCCCACCCCAUUGCCCCUAUGCUCCAGCUUCUUAAUGACAUAUGAUCUACCGCUCCUUGAAAACUUGACCCUUCUUUUGCCCUACAUGCCCACCCUGUACUGUUCCUAAAUAAACCAGACUCAGUCUGACUUUA